CAUUCUCGUCUGCAGUUAAUUUGUAUCCAUUUUACUGUACGUAUUUUGGCUGGUGAUAAUUACUUUUCCAUCAAUGGUCAGGUUCUAGAGACUAUAUAUAUCACGAUUAUGGGAAGAGUAUCUCACAUUCUCACGUUAUGGAAGGAACUUCUCGAACACUUCCUUACACCAUAAGAUUCGUUGGUCUUCUUGGCAGUCAUUUUCUUGGUAGAAAUCCAAAGUUUAUGGCUACUGCAGUAGAUUUAGGAAGAGAAUUGAUAAGGCGAAGAAUUAGUCUUGCUUAUGGAGGAGGUAGUGUUGGCCUUCAAGGAGCUGUUGCUUCAACAGUCUUUACUAAUGGUGGUCUCGUUAGAGGUUUCAUUCCUGGGUACAUAGCAACACGACGGGUCUAUGGACCUACGUACGGUGUAGAGCACAUAGUUUCCAGUAAUUACUAUAAAUAUUUUGAGAUGAAUCAUGCCGUGGAAGCUUUCAUUGUUCUUCCCGAAGGAGUUGACACCAUGGAAGGUUUGUUCACCUUGAUCUCGUGGGCUUCUGAAGGGUUACACAAUAGACCCAUUGGUCUUUUAAACAUUGACGGUUAUUUCAAUAACCUUCUCAAAUUCUUAGACGAUGCGGUGAGGCAGAACUUCAUGGCUUCCAGUCAGAGGAAACUUUUUAUUUCUUCUUUCUCUGUUGACGAGCUUUUAGACAAACUAGAGUUUGCUAAAGCUUUCCCGGGACCUGGGGUUAGUUAUGAUGAGUUUGUGAAUCCUGGGAGAUUAGACUUAGAAUUGCAUUUGUAACAUUCCUCAUAUGAUCCAAGUUAAUCACGUACUAAAACUUAUAGUGAGUAAGAAAUUUAUACCUUUCUCCGUAAGCGGUAAAAACGAAAAAGUUGUAGAAAGAGCGUUGAAAGUGCAAACGUAACCGUUCAAGCGUCCGGUCUCCAACUUUGACACACGAACAACGCCAGAGUCUACCACAAUCUUUAUGCUAGUAAAGAUUAUAGUAGUAUAAAAUAUAAAGAUUAAAAUUGGGAUAAUAAU